AUGUCACUGCAGAUGGUAACAGUCAGUAACAAUGGAGCCUUAAUUCAACCAGGCUUCUCACUGAUGCAUUUUGAUGGACAAGUUUUCUUCUUUGGCCAAAAAGGUUGGCCUAAAAGAUCCUGCCCCACGGGAGUUUUCCAUUUUGAUGUAAAGCAUAACCAUCUUAAACUGAAGCCUACAGUUUUCUCCAAAGAUUCCUGCUAUCUUCCGCCUCUUCGCUACCCAGCCACUUGCACAUUCAAAGGCAGCUCUGAAUCUGAAAAACAUCAAUACAUUAUCCACGGAGGGAAAACACCAAACAAUGAGCUUUCAGAUAAGAUUUAUAUCAUGUCUGCUAUUUGCAAGACCAACAAAAAAGUUACUUUUUGCUGCACAGAGAAAGAUUUGGUGGGAGAUGUUCCUGAAGCCAGAUAUGGUCAUUCCAUUGAUGUGGUGUAUAGUCGUGGGAAAAGCAUGGGUGUUCUCUUUGGAGGACGUUCAUACAUACCUCCUGCCCAGAGAAACACAGAAAAAUGGAAUAGUGUAGUUGACUGCCUGCCUCAUGUUUUCUUGGUGGAUUUUGAAUUUGGGUGCUCUACAUCAUACAUUCUUCCAGAACUUCAGGAUGGGCUAUCUUUUCAUGUCUCCAUCGCUAGAAAUGAUACCAUUUAUAUUUUAGGAGGCCAUUCACUUGCCAAUAACAACCGCCCUGCUAACUUGUACAGAAUAAGGGUUGAUCUUCCCCUGGGUAGUCCAGAUGUGAGUUGUACAGUUUUGUCAGGGGGAAUCUCUGUCUCCAGCGCAAUCCUGACUCAAACUAGCAAAGAUGAAUUUGUUAUUGUUGGAGGCUAUCAGCUUGAGAAUCAAAAAAGGAUGAUCUGUAACGUGGUCUCUUUAGAGAAUGACAAGAUAGAAAUUCAUGAGAUGGAGACCCCAGAUUGGACCCCAGACAUUAAGCACUGCAAGAUAUGGUUUGGGGCCAAUAUGGGAAAUGGAACCAUUUUCCUUGGCAUACCAGGAGACAAUAAACAGGCUGUUUCAGAAGCAUUCUACUUCUAUAUGUUGAAAUGUACUGAAGACGAUAUAAAUGAAGAUCAGAAAACAUUCACAAACAGUCAGACAUCAACAGAAGACCCAGGGGACUCCACUCCCUUUGAAGACUCAGAAGAAUUUUGCUUCACUACAGAAGCAAACAGUUUUGAUGGUGAUGAUGAAUUUGACACCUAUAAUGAAGAUGAUGAGGAAGAUGAAUCUGUGACAGGCUACUGGAUUACAUGCUGCCGUACUUGUGAUGUAGAUAUCAAUACUUGGGUACCAUUCUAUUCAACUGAGCUCAACAAACCUGCCAUGAUCUACUGCUCUCAUGAAGAUGGGCACUGGGUUCACGCCCAGUGCAUGGAUCUCGCAGAACGCACGCUCAUCCAACUGUCAGAAGGAAGUAACAAGUACUAUUGCAAUGAGCAUGUGGUUAUAGCCAGAGCAUUGCAAACCCCCAAGAGCACUCUACCUUUAAAGAAACCCUCUCUGAAAUCAAACCGCAAAAAGGGCCCUGGAAAAGUCAUGACUCCUGCCAAGAAAUCUUUUCUUAGAAGGCUAUUUGAUUAA